UGGAGCCCGCAGCCGAUCACCAUGGCUGGAGCAACUGCUGAGGGAGCUGCGACGCUUCAAGCGCGUGUGCUGGAGGUGAUGAAGAACUCGGAAGCAUGGGAGGCCAAGCACAAAGAAGUCAAUGAGGGGUACGUUGUUACGCGCUUUCCGCCCGAGCCGAACGGGUACCUCCACGUCGGUCAUGCCAAGUCGAUGUCGAUGAACUUCAGCCAAGCGUUUGACAAGUUGGGUGUGCCCGAGGACAAGCGCCGUACGAUCUUCCGUUAUGAUGACACGAACCCUGAAGCGGAGAGCCAAGAGUACAUUCAAGCGAUUCGCGCGAACGUCGACUGGUUGGGCUGGAAGCCGUGGAAAACCACGUACAGUUCCGAGUACUUUGACCAGUUGUACGCGUUUGCUUUGGAGUUAAUCCAAAAGGGACGCGCGUACGUGUGCCACCAAUCCAAGGCCGAGAUCGAAGCGAGUCGAACCAUCUUGCGCGACCUCCACGGACGUGCGUCGGCUGAAGGACUUGUGUUGACCGAGGACGUGUUGGCGGCCGCCGCGUCGCCAUAUCGCAACCGAUCUGUCGCUGAAAACCUGGCGCAGUUUGAGCGCAUGCGCCGCGGCGAGUACGCGGAAGGCGCGGCGUCGCUCCGGUUGAAGAUGCAACUCGAAUCGCCCAACCCAAACAUGUGGGACUUUGUCGCGUACCGCAUCAAGUUUGUGCCGCAUCCACACAUUGGCGACAAGUGGUGCAUCUACCCCACGUACGACUACACGCACUGCAUCGUGGAUGCGCUGGAGCACAUCGAUUACUCGAUUUGCACACUCGAAUUUGAGACCCGUCGCGAGUCGUACUACUGGCUCCUCGACCAACUCGACCUGUACAAGCCGACAGUGUACGAAUUUGCGCGCCUGAACAUCACGUACACGGUGCUGUCAAAGCGCAAGCUGCUCAAGUUGGUUACCCACGGCCACGUCCGCGGAUGGGACGACCCCCGCCUCGCCACACUGAACGGCCUCCGUCGCCGCGGCUUUUCCGCGCCGAUUCUCAACGCGUUUUGCAAGGACAUUGGUGUCACCCGCGUUCAAUCCACGAUUCAAAUUGAACGACUGUAUGCUGUUGCCCGCGCCCAGCUUGGCGAUUCAUCGAAGCGAGCGAUGGCAGUGCUGGACCCCGUCCCGGUCGUCGUCGACAACUUCCAGCCGUUCACGUGCCAUGUGCCCGACUACCCCCAAGACAAGGACAUCGCAAACGGCCGCCACUCAAGCCACCCGAUCCAACUCACGCAAACACUGUUUUUGGACCGAUCGGACGUACGUGCCGUCGAUACCGCCGACUUUUUUGGUGCGGCGCCGACCAAGGUGGUCCGCUUGAAGUACGGCCCGAUCUUCACCGUCACGCGUGUCGAUGUCGAUGGCUCGGUACGGCUGUCGUCGUUUUGCUCAACCAAAUGACGCGAGUAGGGCAAAGUGACGCAAGUGGUCGGGACGUGCAACUACUCGGACGACACCAUCAAGCCCAAGGGCGUGCUAACGUGGGUGCCGUCGACGGCCGCGCCGUGCGAAGUUCGCGUGUACUCGCACCUGUUUACAGUGCCUGAACUCGGCCCGGUCGACGACUGGGAAGCGUUGGUCGACACGAAACACAGCGAGACAGUGUACGACAAGGCGCUGGUGGAUCGUGUCGCGGUCGAAAGCAGCACCGUGUCGACGUCGUUCCAGUUUGAGCGCGUGGGGUACUUUGUCGUCGACCAAGACUCGACGUCGAAGCGCAAAGUGUUCAACCAAAUCGUGGCGUUGCGAGACAGUGCCAAGGAAGACAAGGACGGCAGCACGAACGCCCGCAAAGAAGAGCAGCUGCGCCAGCUCGCGGAAAAGAAAGCCAAGAUGAACAUUAAACCGCAGGACAUGUUCAAGACCGACCCCGCGUACUCCAAGUGGGACGACCAAGGGGUCCCGACCCAUGACGCGGAAGGCAAACCCCUCAGUAAGAGUGCCAUCAAGAAGCUCCAGAAAGACUGGCUCAAACAAAAGAAGCUCUUUGAGGCGACCAAGUAAGGUCGCUGCCAGUUGAAUUGCGAUUGCCGCCUUUUUUCUUUGUUUUCGUCGCUCGUUUUCUCGACGAUCUUCGAUCGGAUAUAUAUUUACGCACGAUCCGAUGGAAUUUUCUCCAAAUUCGGAUUUUUCAU